GAUUCGCCGUGACAGUAGAUAAGAAACCAUCUUAUUACAUAUAGCCUGCGCGUAUCGAGACUAAGCAAACGUUGUAACCACCACAUUCUACACACCGUACACUUUGAGGAUCGAAGGACGUGCCUUGCUGGUAUAUGAUCGAUCAGAGACAAUCGCUGCACCGAUAAUCGCCAUACAACACACAAGCUCUUUGACGAUUUGUCGCUUCGUUUCACCUGAAUCUUUUCAAAGUAAACCUUGAACCUGCUAUAAAGUUUAGAAGCUCGGCCUACGGUGAUACAGGAGUUUUAAGUUCGAAAAGUUAAUCAUUCGAAGAUUUCGGAUCAGAGAAACAAAGUCACACGAACACCACACGUUUUUCAACCGGUUACAAGAGUCUCGUUGCCCCUGGAGGCAGAGAAAUUUUUAUAAUUUGGUAAUUGGGUCCCAGCGACCCAAACAACGAAGCAAUCAUUGAUUCCGACGAGUCGACGGUCAUCAUGGGUGCCCAGGAAGAGGACACCAAGUCCAGCACCAUGGGCGGGGUGCUACCGGUGGUGGAAGUUGCGUCUUUAGUGGAAAAGGCCAAGUUCUACACGUCUCUUUGUCUGGGCACCACGGCCAUUCUCGCCGUAUUUGCUUUUCUUUUCUUAAUACCCUUCGUCGUGGAACCUGCCAUUUCCACCAUUUUGGCCGAUUUCUCUCCUCACGCCGUAGCCUGCGUUGUCACCGAUCACGUUUACGCCGAGGGACUGAAAAACUGCUCGUGGGCAAGCUGUAGGGAAGGUUGUACCAGCGCCGCACUUCGUUGCCAUCAGAUCAGAGUCAACUAUACAAGAUUGACUUUCGAAGAAUUCGUGGCGAAACCAUUAGGUUCCAUCCCAUGGGACGUUCCAGACACGAAAUUCUUCGUGAACACGGAAGGCUGCGGUUAUCCACCUAGGGUGAAUUGUUCUGAUUUUGCGAAGAAAUUCGGAUACUCGAACAUGGGGAAGAUAUUUCCGUGUUAUUACAGCAGAACACACCCCGAGACUGUCGUCGCAAGGUACUCUUGGGACGAAAAUUUGAGGCACCUCGUUCUAGCCUUGGUAGUGCCUAUCGUUCUUUUCGCGGUAUCCCUUGGUGUGUUGUGUUAUUGGUACUGCCCACCGAUGGGCAAAACUUGCGGAGGACCAGGCCGUAAUCUGAUUGACAAGUACGCCAGGAAGGAAGACAUCCUGGGAGAAGACGAAGAGGAAUACUGACUGCUGCCAAGGGCUCACCCCCCAGCGCGGGAGUGACGCCGAAGAAAUUACUGAAAAUCCUCAGCGUACUUUGCGUUCUAAAAACUCCAAACGAUCCUUCGAAAGCAAUAGCAACGUGGUAGAACAAGAUUCCAGCAACGAAGACAAGUUCA